AGGAGAGCCAAGCUGGCCGCACGUCCAACUCCUCCACACACACAAUCGCUGCCCGUGUUCCGAUUUUAAUUCCUUCUCCUUAUUAUUGACUUCCCCAAGUCGAGGAAACAGAAGAUCCCAGCUCAUAGACCCCUGGGCUUUCAGACACGAAGACCAGCAGGACUCUGCUCACAUAUGUGACUCAUCCUUUGGCCACCUCUACCCCCAACUCUCCAGGAUUUAGUUUUUUCCAGCUCUGGUCAUCAUUGAACCAAGAACCCAAGGAUCCCAGCCUGCAGGCUUUCCACAGCUCUGACAGCCUCGGUGGUCGUGUUGGUGCCAGCAUGCCAGUGAAUUAUGAAAACUUUCAGCACUCGGAGAGUGAGAACCAAAGCCCGGGGCUUAGAAUUGGGCUGCCUCCCCUCCAGCCCUUCCUGCAGCCAGUCUGUUCCAGCUCCCGCCUCCUGCUGCUCUCCCUGGGCCUCAGCCUCAUGCUGCUGGUCGGCGUCUGUGUGAUCGGAUUCCAAAAUUCCACGUUUCAGAGGGACCUGGUGACCCUGAACAACUCCACAUCACAAACUGAGCUUCAGGUCAAGUCCCUGAUAUCCCAGGGCGACAGUUUGCAAAAGACGAUAACACCUCUGAAAGCAGGGGUGGGGAAUCUCAGGCAGGAACUGCAAGCAGCCCGUAGCAUGAACGACAAGGUGUUUUCCCUGGAGAAGAAGCUGGAGGAGGAGCAGCAGACACUCAAAGCAGAUUAUGCUGAAAUACGCCUCCUAGUCCAGCAGCUGGCCAAAGACCUGACAGCCCUGACUUGCCAGGCGGCUGCCCUCAAGAGCAAUGGCUCUGCCAGGGCCUGCUGCCCCCUUAACUGGCUGGAGCAUGAAGGCAGCUGCUACUGGUUCUCUCGCUCUAAGAAGCCCUGGCCCGAGGCUGAGAAGCAGUGCCAGCUGCAGAACGCCCACCUCGUGGUCAUCAACUCCAGAGAGGAGCAGGAUUUUGUCCAGGAACAUAUAGGCUCCUCAGACACCUGGAUGGGGCUCAGUGAUCCUACAGGAGUCUGGAAAUGGGUGGAUGGGACAGACUACAAGACCAACUUCCAGAACUGGAGUCCAGGCCAGCCAGAUGACUGGGAUGGACAUGGGCUGGGCCCAGGUGAGGACUGUGUCCACUUCAACCCGGAUGGCACGUGGAAUGACAAUGCCUGCCAGAGGCCAUUCCACUGGGUCUGUGAGACCAAGAUGGACAAGGCCAGCUAGCAGAGUGUCAGAGGGGCUCCCUGUAGACCACCCAGCUGCAGAAAUGGGAUCAGGGGAGAGGGGCCCUUCUCCAGAGACGCCUAACGAGACCUCUGUGGGAGAGGAACAAGCCCUGUGAGAUGGGAGCACUGCCCUCAGCCUGAAUUGUGUUCCUCUCAACUGUCAAAAGACUAUAUAAAGGUCCUAAGGUUUUUUUUAAAAA